AUGAAGUUCCUCAACAUUGGCCUUGUCGCCCUUUCCUCGCUCUUCGCGACCACCUACGCUGCUCCCGCCAGCAGCGGCCUCCUCUCCGACGUCGAAGUCCCCAAGGUCCCCGCCGUUGGCCUUUCCGAGCUUCCCACCUCUGAGAUCCUCAACAAGCGUGCCCAGGUUGUCUAUACCGAGGUGCAGUACACCAUCGUUGAGGUCAAGAAGCACUGCUCUACUAUCAACUCCACUGUCGAUGGCGUCACCGGCGGCCAGGUCUCCGAGAAGAAGGAUGAGAUCAUCAAGCUCGUCAAGACUGAGGUCACCGCCAUCGUCAGUCUCAUCAACUCUCUCGUUAGCCAAGUCGUCGAGCUGCUCGGCGAGACCACUGAGAUCGUUGGCGAUGAGAAAGACCAGAUCAUCAGCGCUGUCCUCGAGCUCAUCUUCGAGAUCAUCUACUCCUUGAAGAACGUUAUCAAGGUCCUCGGUAUCAGCAUCUUCGAGCUCCUCGGCCCACUUGUCUUCGUCCUCCUUAGCGUCAUCUUCCACCUCCUCUGCACCCUCAACAGCUUGAUCGACGGUCUCCUCAAGCUCGUCCUGUCCGCCCUUGGCGGUGUCAUUGACCUUCUCCUCGAGGUUCUCAGUGGCCUCCUGCCUACUGUCCUCGGCAUUGUCGGUGGCAUUCUCGACAAGCUCAACAUCGGUGGUCUUAUCUGCAACCUCCUCUAA